AAAUCGUUUAUUAUCAUACGUUUCCGUUUAAAACCGGAAUAACAAAUUGAACUUCACGGAGAUUAAAUACGUUCCAUCCCAAUGCAGACAACGAAAAUAUGGUAUUACCAAUUGUUAAAUUGGUUAGUUUAUUUAUCAGACUGUCUUCAAGACCAGUUGUACACAGACUUACUGUUUCAGCAGCGCAUCAUCCAAAAUUUGGUUCAGUUAUUGUUUUGAUCGCACAAAAGUAUCAUUCAAUGGAUUUCACAUCACAAAGGAAAUUACUUGGCUUUGGUAGACAAACACCAAUAGAACCAUUGUCUACAGAUGAAGCAAUGAAUUUAGGAACCACACUGCUUGGGGAAUUUCUAGUUUAUGGAGUAUCUAUAUUAUUUCUGUCUUAUGAAUACAACCGGUCUUUAAAAAAUGAAAAGUUAAAGGAAGAAAAGAGAAAGGAUGAAAUAGGAAAACUUCAAAAAGAAGUACAGGAGUACGGAUUGAUAACAGAAGACCUAAAAGGACAAAUGUUUAAAUUACAGGUAAAAAAUUGGAUUUUAGAAAACAAUUCAAGACAAUGUUCGAUCCAAAACUAAUUUAUCAGUGUUUUUACUUGUGAAAACGUACACUGUAUAAAGGUCUGAAUAAAAAACAUGAAACCAAAAGCAAUAGCAUAAAAUUAUAAGAAAUAUCGUAGAUUGUUUAUAAAAGUUUCAAUUUGAAAUAUAUUCAAAGAUAUAGUUUUAGAUAAUGUUUUGGUAAUUUAGGGAUACAUUUUUGAAGGAAGUAACAGUCAACAGCUGUGUUUCAUCGGAUAAUAUUAAUAAUCAUGUAACAUUAUGAUUAUGAGUGGCAUUGCGGAUGAUGUGUGGAUAACAGUAGAUGCUAAAGUACCCAGUCGACCCGACCGGGAUCACUCCUUUGGAGUUUAUGAGAUUCCGUAAGUUCAUAUGUGCUGUGUUUAUUAUUCUUCUGAAUAAAUUUAUGAAAUUUGAAAA